GGGGAUCCCACAGCAAAAGUCCUGGCCCCAGUUGUUCAGACGUUGGAUUGCGCUAUCCACUCGAUAAAUCAGCACUAUCCACAUUUUGAUCAACUGGGGCCGAGGCUAGAGAUUUGCCUGUGUCCUCAGGGUUGGGUAGUAGACCGCUAAACCCGGGGCAAGGGGCGCACAUCCUUAUUUAUUCUAAACAAGUCUUGAAUACAGGUUGAAUAGGGUUCAAUUUCACACUUUGAUGUCUUGGAUAGGGCGUUUUUCUAGUCCAGAAACCUCGAACAGGGUGUGAACGUUGGUGCUGCUCGGUCUCCAUGCGUUAAUUUCUUUAAGACAACCUAAUACUUUGAUGACAAAGACUUUAUUCAGUGUGCCAAAUAAAAUGAAGCAGGGUCAUGAGAAAAAGUCUAUUAAAAAAUAGUAGGGCUCAAAGACUUCGUCGGCACACCCUGCUUAGUUUCCUUAGUUCUUCCUUAAUUUUUAUUUAUUACCUGCGUCAGAGAGCGAAGGCUAUUUGCUCCAAUCGAUUUUAAUGCAAAACCGUUUUUAACUCCACAACUGGUUUAGACCAUUUGGGAUUAAUAAGGUGGACACUUUGGAAAAAGUGUUAUAGAAAAAAUAUUGCUUUAGAGUUUUUUUUCUCCUUUCUAGCUGGGGUCGCCAAAGGGUUAACAAUUAAACUCAGUAUUGGUGAGGCUUCCGAGAUUUAACCGUGGGCACGUACACCUACUUGGCCAUCAACCAAAUGUCUUUUUUUUUUCAUUUAAGGAAAUAAGGCGGGAACAAUAAUCUGCCCCGACGCUCCUCUUGGUAAAUGUACAAUGGGUGCUAACUGCUUGUACAAGCACUGUCCGUUGCCUUACUGUUGGCAGUUUCGAGAGUCAACCACCGACGCCUGGACAAACCUAAGUCCUAAAACUAAUGUUGGCAUUGAAAUGCGUUAUUGUGACGUGGAAAAACUGGAGGUGCAACUUGUUCUUUUCACGCCGGGGUAAGAUGUUGUCUGUUGAGGAAUACGGUCAUAGUAAACCGUUAGCACAUAUGAGGGCAAGCGCGUUUGUUGGAUGUUUUGCUUGGCCUAUCUCGUCCUUUGAGCUUAUAAUAACCGUAAAUGUCGAUUUUUUUGAACCGUUUUCAAUUGACUUAAUUUCACAAGAAACUUAGUUUGCACUUUCUUUUAAAUCAAAGCCAGGGAAACGUUAAUGCUACAAUAAACUUUGAAAACAUGACUAUGCAGUGCGAAUUUGCCACGGUUUCACUCCGCCGGCUGUCCACGCCGUCUUACAUCCAAGCGCCUGGUAAAAGAUUGGCCACGAAGUGGAUUUGGUACUGGAAAGACGAUAAUGGAUGGGAAGAAUACGAUGGAAAAGUAAGUUCUUUCGAAAGUUUUUCAAUAUCUAUUGUCGGUAGGAAACUGGCAGCUUAAAUGACAUGGUUGCUAUUUAAUGAAGUGUGAAGUAGCAACCUUAUUCCACUUCUUAUCAGCCCUCUUAGUUUUCAGGUCUGGGGGUGCAAGGGGAGAGUAACGUGAACGUUACCCACUUAACUAGUCAGGUGGGUCACGUGACUUGCCAGAACUGAUCUUAACAUUUUUCUUCCCAGUUUAUUUCUCCUUGUCAUGAGGAGGCAGCACCCUUUCUGCUUUAGGGACUGGUCAAAAAGUAUAGGUGGGGGUGGGCCGGAGCAGAGAGGGGUUGGGUCAUGAGGUUUUGAGCCUUGUGCAAGGGGUGGGUCGAGAAAUUUUCAGCUACUCUUAGGGGGUGGGUCACCCUAUUUUUUACUAACUACUAACGAGACAGUUGACUACACUUGUUCUAUAAAACACAGCCAGCUGGAAUUAUUGCUAAAAUACCCACAAACCUGCUGUGCGAGAAAAUACAAAGGUUGACAGGCCGCACAUCUAUACGGGCGUGGAACCCUCUGAUAACCUUUUUUUUCGGCUCUAACGAGCAUGUUCUUUAACAAUUUUCCUUUUUUUUUAAGAAAAUGAUUGGUGGUUCUUUAAAAAUUUAUUGAAGUUAUAGUUAGUUUUGUAUAAGAUUCCAUUUUUCAUUCAAGCUUUCUUUAUAGUAGACACUGAGGGCUGGUAUUGCGUCACGAAUGACAAUAUUUCUUUUUCCUCCUUGUUGUUUUGUUUUAGGAGAUUAGACUUCCUUUUGUCUUUUAUUUCUGAUAGUAGGUUUUCUAUCAAAGAUAGGGGUCACACAACGAGAAUAUGGUUCAAAACCACUUAGACGUAACAUUGUUAAACGUAUCUUAGUAUUUAAACAGUAGAUAUCGGCGUACUUUUAUCCCCAAAAAAUUUUUCGUCUGUUCGGAUCUCCUAGCUGAAAGUCUAGUGAUACGAAAAUUAUAGGGAUCAAAACUUACCUUUUCGAAAAUUUCAACCAGAAAAAACGUGACACAAGGUGAAAUGUGUGCGCAAGAAGCUUUCCGUUUGUUUAAAAUGUGUCUUUGCAUCAAGGAUAGAUUUUUCCUUGAAUCUUGUGCCUUUGUAUACAACCGUGUCUAAAAACGCAGUCUCAGUGUCAAAUGUUUUGGCCGUGAAUUCAAUAGUUGGGUGAUGUAAGCUUGCUUGUUCAAUGAAGGCUUCGAUGUCUGGUUUACUCAUGUCCCAUAGGGAAAAGAUAUCGUGUAUGUGGCAUUUCCAAACUGUUGUUCGAUUCUAAAGACAGUUUUGCUUAGAAUUGUUGUUUCAAUAUAUGUCAUGAAAAUAUUGGCAAAGGAAUCAAAACUGCUGUCUUUGUGCCCAUUGCAGUUCCAUGGUCUUGUAAGUAGUGCUUUCCACUGAAGUGGAAGAAAUUUGAUUUGAGGAUUAAUCUAAGCAUUUGCGUCAAGUAAUGUGUAGGAAUGGGUUGUCUUUGCUGAAAUUUUCAUAUGCUUUGUGACAGAUAAUUUCAAUAUACCCUCGUUUUGCUGUAUAUUUGUGUCAGGACUCAUAACGUCCAUUGAAACAAGAAAUGUUGGGUUUUUGACAUUCGUCUUUUCAGUGAAAGGUAUAAUUUCUGUGAUUUUGAUGUUGGUUGUAGCAGUGUAUCAACAAAUUUUGUCAAGUACAGAACAAGGUUUUAUUGGAUUAUUAAUAGGAAACCGAACGUCCAUGUUUUAACUAGGGGGUGGGUCAUGCAAUUUCCAACCUUGCUUUAGGGGUGGGUUCCUAUACUUUUUGACCAGUCCCUUAAAAACCAUGUUUGCUAUCUUUUAAGCUCUAGGAUUAAACUGGCAUUAAAUUGAAAACAACUAUUUCCUAACAUUUUGGGUUCAUUAUCACGAAUCAAUUGUAAUAUUCUCCAUUGUUUUCGAUAUAAAGUUUGAUUGACAUUUUUCAAGGAAAAGGUGGAUCUAUUAUGGUGGCUAUUUGAAAUCGUCAUCGGUGUGGCCAAAAAAUAGUUAUAAUAGCAAGAACAGCUAAACGGUUUAAUUCCACUUGAUGUUUUACACAAGACUUUGGAUAGUGCUGAUACUUAUACGUUAAUUCACUAAGGCAUGGGUCGCACUUGGCAAAUUUUUGGGAGAAUUUGUUUACCUUGCGGUAGAAAUCUGUUAUCGGUGGACAUUGCUAAGUGCGACCCCGAGUUUUCAAGUUGGAAAAAACUUUGAAAAUCGGCAAAAAUAUCAAAGACGCCUUAGUGCUUGGGUGGGGCAGGCAGAUUUUGGAAAACUCGAGCUAAACAAUAGGAAUCACAGCGGUAACUGUUAGCCCCUUGUCAUGAACGUGAUCCAUUUGAAACACGAUCAAUUUAAAAUAAACGCGGUCGAAUUUUCAGACCUUCGCGAAGAGGCGUCUACUCGGCUGUCCUUCGCCAUUUCAAGUUUUUUUCGAAAACUCUCUACAGGCAAGGACUUCACUCGCUUUUAAACCUUCGCUAUUUUAAGGUUUUUACGGGAACUAGCUCUAUUGAAGGCGAACCAGUUGAGUUCCCGUCCCGUUCUUUAUCUGUCACAUCCUCCUGAAACUGGGAAUGGAGGAAAAAGAUCCUUCGACAAAGGUUCGGACGAAGAAGAGAAGAAUGUUUUCUGGUAUCUGGCGUUCUUAAGUUCUCAAUGUGUCAAAGCAAAAACUAUUAACUCCCACUAAUGCGACCCUCCUCGGUUGGACUAAAAGUUUUCUUUUCCGGUUGCGGUUUCGAAUUUUUGUGGUUUUUUAGCCGGCAAAGAUGAAAACUUUUCCCAAGUGCGACCCAUGCCUAAUUUAAAUUUUUUAAAAAUAUUCUUGAACGUAGGAUAAAGGAGAGAAAACCGCUGACGCGAGAUUUUCUUUCUGUCUGCCUUUCGUGUCAAGAAUUACACUUAGGUCUGGACGCAAAAUUAUUUUUAAUAUUACAACACAAAUUUUGUGCUGUGCUUUUAGAUCUCACGUGAGAUGGCACAAGAAAACAUAGAGGCUGACUAUCUUAACGAAGAGCGACUUUACUUCUUCCACAUAAACGAACGCAAAUACAUGAUAACAUUCUAUGAGAAGUCGAUGCGUCAAAGGAAUAUGGAUCCCAGGUACUGGACCGAGAGAAGCGUCAGAAGAAGACCACAGUUUGUUGCUGAGUCAGAGCUUCAUUCCCGUACAAGGUCAGGUUCCGUAGGUUUUUGCGUUCGAGGUACGAGAACCCAACCCCUAAUUUGUGUUGCGUGUUCUGUGCUUUAUUGGGUGUCCUGUGCAAUUAAUAAGGGAGGUUAUUUUGAGAUUGCAUUUUCGUCGUCGUCGACACACAUUUGCCUCACUUUGAAGUGCUUGCUUACGUUUUGUCUCACUUUGACGCGCUAACUCACCUGGUGUUUCAUGUGUCCUCGGCGUUCAUCUUUCAAAGGUUUGCUGAGCCUGAUAUUCUGUCUUCGUGAAGCGUACAUCUUUUAAAAAGUUUGCUGAAUCUUCGUAAAGCGUACAUCGAUCUGUGUUUGCUGAAUCUUCCAAAGCGUUCAUCUUUCAGAAGUUUGCUGUUAAAUUUUACUAUAGAUUAAGCCUUCGUGUUUUUCAGCAUGAUUCGUCACUGUCUUUGGAAAAUGUGUGCGAUUUCUGGUGCAUGCAUCAAACUGGGUUUAGUUCGGCUACCUUUGUGUCACAAAGUAAAUCUACUGAGUUGUGUAGCUCGGCAGCCGUUGUCAGGCCACAGAGUAAGUUUACCGAGUUCUGCGAGUUGUGUAGCUCGGCGACCUUUGUGUCAGAAAGUAAAUCUUAACCGAGUUGUGUACCUCGGCAACCGUUGUGCCACAAGGUCAAUCUACCGAGAUGUGAAGUUCGACGGCGCCAUUUGAUCAUGACUUGUGAUAUUUUCGGCACCAGACAAACGAACACUUUAACUGUAUGUUUUUAAUGUGAGGAAAAACUUAUAAACCAGCCCACAGUAUAGCGCCACUCUCGAGUCACUGAAAUCAACACGCCCGACCAAAUUACUGGAAAAGUUAUUGACGUGAGCCGCACACACAUUCCACUAAAGGCUUUGUCAGGGUUAGUGCGAAAUUUGAAUUCAGAUGUGAAAGCUUUUAAAAAAGUAAAUUUAAGUUUUUUGUCAACAAGUUGAUGAUUGGAUACUCUUAAUAAAAAACAGAGAAAGUUAUCCGAAGAAAUGUUUUUGAAGAAAGAAAAAGAAUCCCGGAUGAAGGCUGAUCGGCCUUUGAACAACUGCGCCCUGUAAUCGCGGCCAGUAAAAAAGAGGUUAAAAUGUUCUAUUUACGUGCCCGACGCACUCUGGCCACUGUUCCCUCCGAUUACAAGCACUUGACACCGAACCAUACGAUAUGUUUUCAAAAUCUUCUCAUAAUGAUACACAGCUUAAAUAGAGGUUUCGUUGUACGCAACCCUUACGUUCAAAAUAUGCCAUAAUCAUAUUUAUCUACUGAGCAAGAACCAUCCAAUCUUCCCCUUCAACUGUUCCCUGCCUUUACGCCUAACAAACAUAUCGAACGCACUCUCCUAAGCUCCGAUUACCCCUAAUUUAUUUCCAUUUUUAAAUCCAUGGGCCGGAAGGGGAUGGGUAACUUCGUUAGUUAAGCUCUGCUAGUAUGUGCUGCGGAAUUGGCAUGGGCACUAAUUAAACUGCAGUGUAUGGCUAGGUCACGUGGUACAAUAGCUGGAGAGCAAAGAAUGCAUUGGAAUAGCACAAACCAGGAGAUUACAUUAUUCAGUGCAGGAAAUUAACGAUGCACUUUAUUGACGCAAUUUUUGUUUAAAUCUCGUUAAUUUAAUGCAUCUUAAUUUACGUCGAUGUUAAUUUAAAUCACACUGUUCUACAUCAUUGUUGUUUUACAGCACCUUUUCAAUAACGAAACCUCGUCUGCUAAUAGUUCCUCUAUCAAAGCCUCAGAGUCACUAUUUGAAGUCUUCCCUCCGAGGCACAAGAAUGUCAGGAUCCAAGGGAGCGUUUCCUCUCUAGAUCCAAUUACGGAGAAGUAACAUGUUAACAAUGAGAUAACAAUGACUGGAAAUGCUGCUGUUUUUUCCUUUAGAUAUGUAUGUUUCGCGUAAAAUAAUUAAUCAAUUAAGUUAGGCGUACAUCGUUUUCGAAAAUUUCGCGUUAAUGCAGUGAUGUAUAAACCAAACGUUUGGAAAAUUCGCGUUAAUUUUGUGUAACGUAAAUUUUCUUCACAUUGUCAACGUGCAUCGUGAAUUUCCUAUUACAUGGUAUAUCAUUUAAAUUGAGAAUUUUGAUUUACAAUGAUGCCUGAGCUGUCUGUUUCUCUCAUCCCACGAACCCUUAAGAACGUCUGCGUGGGAGGCUAGCUGACGGUACGGCUGCAAAUGGGUCAUUGAAAAUUGAUGAUUUUUUUAUUCUAUCACAUGACCAGAAGGCGGAGAUCCCAUGAGAUAGCACAGCGCUUGCGCAAGUCAUUGCACGAUUCGCGCUCAACGCGUAAAGUUCGUUCUUGGGAUAACACCAGAAUUUCUUUGGUUUUCUUACACGUAUAGCUGGAGAGGCUAACGUAGUUGGUCUCAAUUACACCCAGCUCAGGCGCUAACGUAGUUAGGGGCCAGUAAUUAAGCGACCACGGCUCAAAAUAUGACACAAACCCCGGACGACGUUGGGUGAAUAUCACUGCCGAACAGGGUCAAUCGUCGGAGAAGGCCUCCGCGAAUACGGAGCUUGCGAACCUGUUUACGGCUGCUAUGGCUCCUUUCGUGGGUCAGAUGACCAAACUUAACGAAAACGUCAGUCUGCUGUUGAGCGGUCGCGAUCCAGAGUCGGAGGUGGACGGUGAAACCGCCUCUGUCGAAGCAGUCGAAGACUCUGGUCAUGAAGGAGUAGAUAUGGAAGCAAGUCUAUCUGCCAUCCUGGACUCUAAGACCACGGACAAAGCAGCGCCUACGACAGGCGACGCUUUUUUACAAGAGCUUGCUCAAGAUCUCUCGGUCAGGGAGCAAACCUCCCCGCCAAUUCAUGAAGGUCUGGCGGGCAUUUUUAACGGGCUUUUGUCAGAAAAGAUGCCCGAUGACAAGAUCAAGGCGAAGCUAGACAAAUAUACACGGCCCGAAAACAUCAACGGCUUGAGAACGCCGAAAGUUAACCCCCUAAUUUGGAGCCAGCUGUCCGCCACAAUGAAAGCACAAGAUGCUAGAUCUCAGAAAGGGCAAAAUGCUUUCAUCGGCUCCGUAAUAGCCAUGACCAAGGCUACCGAUUUGGUUCUUGCAAAGUACAGCCAGGAUAGAGAUCUGAUUACCCUCUUGACAGACGCUAUUGCAAUGGCCCUUCAAUUCAACCACGAGGUUAACCACUCGCGGCGGGUGGCAAUGAAGAAGGAAUUGCAUAAAGAUUAUGCAGCACUCUGCAACUCGUCCACUGUUGAAGGCUCUUCGGAGCUGUUGUUUGGCGACCUCUCCAAACUUGCUAAGGACAUUUCCGAAGCCAACAAGUUAACUAAGAAGGUUCGCCCGUCGCAUUCCACGAAUUCCCGCGGUGACAAGUACGGGGGACGCUCAAGUUAUGGUUCGAGCCAGGGAAACAGAAGAUUUCACCCCUACGCAAAAGGGAAGGCCUAUAAUUUUUUAGGCAACAGCCGCUUCUCCAAACAAAGAAAGAAAAAGGACGGAGAGACGAGUCAGCGGCAAUGAAAAUGCCAGAGGUAUGUGAUGAAAACAUGACUCUCCCUAAAGGCCUCGAGCCUAGUAUACUAAGUACACUCAAAUUACAAACUAAAUUUCAAGCAGGACAGCUUCGAAAUUUCUUACCUCAACGGAAAACCGACCCCACUAUACUUCAAUUUGUUUCCGGGGUCAAAAUAGAAUUUCAAAACAAUUCUCUGCCCACGCAACAACAUAAGAGACCCAGUGUUUUUAACACUAAACAGCAUGCUAUUGUUAAAGCGGAAAUCGAUAAACUGCUCACUAAAGGUGUUAUUAUACCCGCGGCACAGGAAACGGGGGAGUUUAUCUCUACCAUAUUCCUUAGACCGAAAAAGGAUGGCCACCAUUCUCAAUCUUAAAGAGUUUAACGAAUUCGUAGCUUAUCAUCAUUUUAAGAUGGAUACCCUAGAGGCGGCCAUCAGUAUGAUGAAACCAGGCUGCUUUAUGGCAUCAGUUGAUCUCAAGGAUGCUUAUUACACCGUUCCCAUUCACCCCUCUCACCAGAAAUAUCUCAAGUUUUGUUUCGACGGCGCUUUCUAUCAAUACACUUGCCUACCUAACGGCCUCGCCAGUGCGCCUCGUAUUUUCACAAAAUUACUCAAACCUGUCUAUGCUACACUUCACAGCAUGGGUCACUUAAAUUCAGGCUACAUUGAUGAUUCUUAUUUCCGAGGGGAUACUGUUGCGGACUGUCAACAAAACGUUGGAGACACUGUCACGUUAUUUACCAGCCUAGGGUUUUUCAUCCAUCCAGAAAAGUCGGUUUUCGUUCCUACCCAGCGGUUGACAUUCUUAGGGUUUGUUCUGGAUUCGAUUAGGAUGACAGUUACGCCUACCGAAGCAAAAAUCCAGAAAAUCAAAUCUAGUUGCGACACGCUCCUGAAGACCCCCAUGCCCACUAUAAAACAAGUCGCAGAGGUUAUCGGCAUUUUGGUGUCCAAUUUCCCCGGAGCUCAAUACGGGCCACUUCAUUACAGAAACGUGGAACGUGACAAAUAUCUGGCCCUCGUGUUUAACAAAGGAAAUUAUGAAGGGAAAUUACGGCUAUCUCCCAUGGCGCUACAAGAAAUCCGCUGGUGGCUAAAUAAUGCUAUUACCUUACACAGAGAUAUUCAACAUCCCCGCCCCAGCGUGACAAUUCAAUCGGAUGCGUCCAAAUUGGGGUGGGGAGCGGUUUUUGGGGCACAGAAAACAGGGGGAAGGUGGACCCCUUCGGAAACCGAAUCUCACAUCAACGUAUUGGAAUUGCUUGCCGCUUUCUUUGCCCUAAAAUGUUAUUGCAGCAAAAUGGGGAACUGCCACAUACAGCUUCAGAUCGACAAUACCACGGCCAUUGCGUACAUUACCAAAAUGGGGGACUCUAAAUCAAAAGAACUUGAUCAAUUGGCUUUUCAAAUUUGGGAAUGGUGUAUAACUAGGCACAUUUGGCUCUCCGCUGUUCAUAUUGCUGGUCGGCUGAAUACCGGUGCUGAUGAAAAAUCUCGCGUGUUUUCGGACAACCAUAAGUGGAUGUUAAACAAACAGUUGUUUGACGACAUCCUAUCACACCACCCUGGGCUGGAUUGUGAUCUUUUUGCCAGCAGAUUAAAUUUUCAGAUCAGCACUUAUUGCUCGUGGCGCGGAGAUCCACACAGUGCCCACAUCGAUGCUUUUACUAUGAACUGGAGUGGUUAAGAAUUUUAUGCAUUUCCACCUUUCAGCCUCCUCCCCAAAUGUUUACAGAAAAUCAGACAGGACAGAGCGCACGGAAUACUCAUUGCUCCUCUUUGGUCAACACAGCCGUGGUUCCCUCUCCUGCUACAAUACCUGUGCGAUCAACCUUGGAUUCUGCUUCCACGCCCGGACCUUCUGAAACACCCCUCACACAGUCGACCCCACCCACUGCACAAGAAACUCCACCAACAACAACAACAACAACAACAACAACAUCUUUAUUUCUUACAUUAAAUAUACAAAUAUCACACCACCUGCAAAUAGCAAGGCUAAUCGAGGCAGGUGGUGUGUAGACGGCUUAAGAUUUCUUACGAAAAGUUGAAGUGAAAAAGAACCAUAUUUAUAAUAAAAUAAACCUAAUGGUAUGUCCUGUGUCAGGGGAGCCUUCAGCCGCUACAACUUUUCAGAAGAAGUUACCGAUGUGCUCAUGGCCUCUUGGAGGUCAGGCACGCAGAAAGAGUACCAAACCUAUCUUAACAAAUGGAUGGCGUUUUGCGGUGAGAGGAAGGUUGCUUACUAUUCACCACCACUAAAUGAAGCCCUCCAAUUUCUUGUACGACUAUUUAAUCAAGGACUGAGUUAUUCCGCGCUAAACACUGCCCGCUCUGCUCUUUCUGCAAUUAUUAUAACGGAAGGUGGGGAGUCUUUCGGUACUAAUUGCGUUGUAACUCGAUUUAUGAAAGGAGUCUUUGAAUCACGGCGACCAAAACCUAAGUACACAAACAUUUGGGAUGUCGGAGUAGUUUGAAACAUUUGUCUACGUUAUACCCGUAUGACAAAUUGGCAUUGAAAGAUUUGACGUAUAAAGUUCUCAUGUUAAUCUUACUAGUCUCGAGUCAACGAGGACAAACUGUACACUCUUUAGACCUUAAGCACCUUUGUGUGGAAGAGGACAAAUACAUAUUUGACAUUGAUGAACACAUGAAGACCAGUAGUCCAAGGAACCCUAAUACAAGAAUCGAAAUAGCUAGAUAUGAGCCGGAUGUUUCCAUUUGUCCUUUCACUUGCCUUAAGGCGUAUAUUAACAGCACAAAAGUUUUGCGUAAAGAUGAAACGAAAUUAUUUGUUAGUUAUGUUAGGCCACAUAAACCUGUCUCCAGGGACACAAUUUCCAGUUGGACUAAGGAAACCCUCCACCUUUGUGGGGUGGAUACCAAAGUGUUCUCCGCCCAUAGCACUAGGUCGGCCUCUGUUUCAAAAGCCAGUGCCAAAGAUGUCCCUGUUCACGAGAUCAUGGCCAGGGCUGGCUGGAAAUCCGCAGAGACUUUUCAUAAAUAUUACAAUAAGCCUGUUGUUCAAGAAAACAGUUUGGCCUCUGCUGUUCUGGGCGCUAGCCCACACUAGGCAUUUCGUCAUGUCUAUUUUUGGACCUGGUCGGGAUUAGCAAACUAGCAAGUUUAUAUAUGGGAAAAAAAAAAACACACACACACACACACUGUUGUAUUAUAUUGUGUUUAUCAUUGGGGUUGCUUCUGCCAGAGGCUACUUUGCAUAUGGCCUUGGGUUAUCUGUACCUCUCGUUGGGCCUAUCGCAUGGGCGCAUCAACCCUUUGAAGUCUCAUGGGAUCUCCGCCUUCUGGUCAUGUGAUAGAAUUGGGAAAUUAAACGAGACUUACCUGUAAGUUGAAGUUUGAUUGAGAUUCUAUCACAUGACAACAGAAGGCGAGAGAUCACAUGAGAUAGCACAGCGCUUGCGCAAGUCAUUCUUAAAAGACACGUACUGGGCGCGUCAACCUAGUAUCAAAUGGAAUACCCGAAAGUACAGCCAAACAGGGUGGGUAUGAUAGCGGAGGGUAUGUGAUCUCUCGCCUUCUGUUGUCAUGUGAUAGAAUCUCAAUCAAACUUCAACUUACAGGUAAGUCUCGUUUAAUUUCCCAAUUUUACCUCCACAUUUUCACCAAAUUAAAUAGUCCACAACAUAUUGAUUGUUGGAAGAGUGACAGAUACAGUCAACUUCUUUCUCAACGGAUAUCUCGCUAUGACAUCUAGACUGCCUGCCUUUCUUUACUCCGUUAGUUGACUCUCGUAUAAAGGCGCACAUCUCGAUGAAACGGGCACCUAGAACUGGUCCCUGCCUUUGUUUAGUCGUUUAAGGUGACUAUCUAUGAGACGGACAUGUCGCCAAAAAGGACACGUAGAGUUGGUCCCUGCCUUUCUUUACUCCUUUUAAUUGCCUCUAAAAGACGGACAUCUCGUUUUCAAAAGAAACGGUUGACUGAAUACACAUAGUUUUUAUGGCACCAGUGUAGUUAACUCCCAGUUCGCGUUUUUCGAUGUCCAAAACUGACCACCCUAUAAAAGACUGAUGCUUGAUACAAUUAAGGCAAACAAAGUAAUAACCUUGCGGUUUUUUUCUUCCAUUUUGCAGUUUUUUCAGCCUAUUUAACUCAUUUCCCAGCGUCUAUAACAUCGUUCAACCCAUUAGCAGACGUCUCAUGGGUUAUGACAAUACCUUCAAACGAAUCCUUCUGUCAGCAGAUAGUGAAGAAUUCAAAAAGGUGGAAACGCUGUUUCAUAAAACAAUCCUAAAACGCAAGGCAAAGAUAACUGUGAUCGAGAAAAUAAAAAAUGCUUUCUUAAAUGAGAGAUACAAAAGGUAUAGUAAAUGUAUGAACAAGACUUAAAUUCUGUAUUCUCAAGGAACGUGCAAACGGAUGCAACAUUGUUGGCCAACCACUCCAAAUAUUGUUGGAUCAAAAAUGUUACUUAUUGCGUCCGUUUGCACACCCUGUUGCAUGUUGUUGCGUGUUGUUGGGAGUUGUUGCGCAAAGUUUGAAACCCCCGGUCAAACUUUUAACCCCGUGUAAAGGGACGCAACAUUGUUGGGAGUUGUUGCGUCCGUUUUCAGGUACAAUUGUAGCUUUAAUUGUACGGGUUGGGUCUUUUACCGUACGGACUGUUGUCAAGGUCAAUUCACAAUCAUUAAUUUGGUCAAGAGUGAGCUGAAAUAAGAGCCAGCAACUCUCACUAAUCAUUUUUUUAGCAUUACAAACUCUGAAAAAUAAAAAUAAAAAGAGAUUUUCCGAAAGAGAAAACAAAGCAUGACCAUUUUUCUUAAUUUUUCGAUGACACAAAAGUUGAGCUUGAAAAUGGUGGCCCAAUUCUUUUUAUAACAAAUAAACAAGUUGUGAGAGGUUUGAACCCAGGAAUCAUUUCAUAAGUUAAGGUUGAGUAUGAUCGUCCAGGUGAACGUGGUCCUGAAUAGGACUGUUGUUGUUGACAGCGACUGACGUUUCUACAACCUGUGCGGUAGUCACCUUCAGAGCCAAAGUGAGUUGUAUCACGUCAGUUGACGGCAUUAAACUUUGGUUUUUUGACCUGAUUGGUAAAUUGAGUCGCGAUGUUAUUAGUCGUCUGUCAGUUAAGCAGUGAUGUUAUUCUCCAUGAAGACUCGUAAUGCCAUUGGUGCGUUUAGAUCCGUCUCUUGUCACAGUUUUAAAAACAGUCGUUUAUUGUAAGUCAAAUCGUUAGUUGUCCAGUCGUUCUUCUCAAAGUUAGUUUUGCUUGAUUCCGUUAAUAAGUCGUUUGUACGGUGCUGGGAGCUGUUUAUUACGAUUCAGUGGUGUUUGUUCUAAGUUAGCAAACCAGCUUUCUAAAUUGAGUCGUUGAUAGUAGUCUGUAGAAUACGUAAUACAUGUCGAAGAGUUUGACUCUGUGACAUAUCUGACGAUCAUACUCAAUCAUACUCAACCUACUUAUAAAAUAAACAACUUGCAAUCCACUUCCAUCGUGUGGUCCUUGAAAGCUAUAUUAAAAAAGGCACUUUCUUACCAGUUUAUUUCAGUUUUUCCUUAGCCAAAACGUUUAUUCUUCAGUUUUUCGGCCUUGAAAGUCUCCCUUGAGUACCAGACAAGGAAUCCACUAAAGAAGAUUUUUCAAAUCCGGUACUGUACUGUCUUUUGCCGUCUGGAUUCGUUUUGCUGCUAGACGCUGAUGCAUGACAUGCAAGAAUACGAAAUAAAAACCGUUUGAACGCGUUUCCUGAGGCACUUUGAAUCCGGAAUCUUAAUGUCGGCAUACUUCAUCCGAAGGACCCCUUCCUGGAUUAACUAAUGUGUGCGAAUCCGAAUAUCAAAAAUGCAAUAAAUCUUGAAACAUUUCUGAAUCAAUAUGUAAAAUAAUGUAUAUGUAGAGCCCUUAGUCUUAGUCUCCAAAAAUCCACCGUUUAUUCCGCAAUUUCAUUAAAUCAAUUUAACUGUAAUGAGUUCAUUCCAUUUAUAAGUUGUAUACGGUGGAUGUAUUUUCAGGAAGAGAGACCAAAUCAAGAAUAUACUUAAAGUCUCCGACAACGAUAAUGUGGAGAGGCUUCUUUUCCACGGCACCAGUUCAAAUGUCAUUGACGCCAUCUGCAAGCACAAUUUUGACCACAGGUGUCACGGCAAAAACGGCACAAAAUACGGUAAAGGAAGCUACUUUGCUGUCAAAGCCUCAUAUAGUAACAACUACUGCAGUGGACAGACAAGAUUUAUGUUCCUUGCUCGAGUGUUAACCGGAGAGUUUAAGCAAGGAGAUGAAUCACUCCAUCGACCUCCUUUAAAAGACCCUCGCAAUCCCGCUAGUGAUCUAUAUGAUUCAUGCGUUGAUAAUGAAUCAAGUCCAUCGAUUUUUGUCAUUUUUAAUGACGAACAGUGUUAUCCUGCCUAUCUCAUAACAUAUGAUGACAUUAUUUAA